UCCGUUUAGUCAUGACGACCACAGAUUUCGCACCUCUGGUGAAUAGGGUGGUGGACGACCACGCCAAAGAGCUCUGGGAGCUGAGUCGUUUCCUGUUCGAGAACCCCGAGUUGGCUUUGACGGAAGUCAAAGCUCACGACAAACUCUGCGAAUUCCUGGAAGGGAAAGGCUUUGUCGUGCAGCGAGAGUACUGCUUGAAGACAGCCUUCAGGGCAGAAUUUGACGCUCCAGCGGGAUCCGAUGGGCGGUGCGUGGCGUUGCUCUGUGAAUUCGACGCCCUCCCAGACAUCGGUCACGGCUGCGGGCACAACCUGAUUGCCGAAGCAUCGGUGGGCGCCGCUCUCGCUGUGCAGGAGGCGAUGAAGUCAUCCAAGGACAUGCGCGGCAAGCUCGUGGUUCUUGGCACGCCAGCCGAGGAGCACGCCUGUGGCAAGGAGCUUCUCAUCCGCCAGGGGGCGCUCGAUGGCAUCGAAGUGGCCAUCAUGUCGCACCCAACUCCCGCCGAUGUUGUGGCACCUCUUUUUUCAGCGUUGCAGGAGGUGAGCGGGAUCGUGCCAUUACACCGAGCGCACAUGUGCGGGGGUUGA